GGGAGAGCAGAGAGUCCUGCUCGGGCAUCGCCUGUCGUGGGUCGUGUGUCACCUGCACCAUAUGUUGCAAGUAUCUACCCUCCCUUGCCUGAAGGCAGACAGGGUAGUCCUUCGCUCGGUCGCGCAUCUCCAGCACGUGCCACCGCACCCUCUCUAUAUCCUCCAUUGCCCUCUUCAAGCAAGGACAGCUCAGCUCAUGCAUCUCCGGAGGAACCUACGAUCGUGGAUGUGACAUAUGGUGAAGAAGAGAUGGCGGGAAACCCGACUGAGGAGUGGGUCAAAAACAUGCAGGAUGCAGGUAGCUUUGACGACGAGGAGGAGCCUCCAAUAUCCAUCGAACAAUUCUUCUCUUUGACCGGGAUCAAAUUCAUGGAUGAGCUGACAGUGCCCCGCCGGUCUACGUUCCAUCGCGCUGGCAUCCAAGCCAGGAAUCGGCGAGACUCGGCUACUUCAGACACCGGAGAAGAGCCCGUUAUUCCUCUGGCAGAAUACGUCGUAGCGAUGACUGUGGAUGUACCACAACUAGAGCUAUAUUCGCAUGUCGCCCAGGACCUGCAGGCGUGGAUUGAACAUAGCAAAGCCAACUUCAAGCAGGCUGAGGCGGAGUGUGCCAAAGUAACUCCUGAACUGUUCAGGGAGUAUUCCAGGUGUAGUGAGGAAGAUCGACCUGACUUCCAGCAAAGCCUGAAGUUGAUCAAGAGCCAUGCCCACGACCAAGCAAAGUCACAAUGGUAUGAGUGGAAGCUUCAGUGGGUCGAGCAGCUCCAAGAAACGGCUGAUCAAGGAUUUGCUGAUCUCGAAGCUGAUGCCAAAGUGCUUGAAUCGCUCACUCGACAAGUACAGGACCUGCUACCGUCUCUGCGAGAAGAGUAUGAGCAAGCCAUCCGUGAGCUCGAACAGGAACAAGCUGAAGUAGACGAACUCGAGAGGAGUGAUCAGUCAUAUCUCAAUGAACUGAAGGCCACUAUCGCGGAACAGGACUUCGCUCUGGACUCAUUCAGGACCGAGAUAUCCGAGAGCAAGGCCAAGCUAGCAAACUUGUCAGAGAAACUGGAGGAAAUCGAACAGCAGAAGAAAGAGUCAAUGCAAGCUAUUUCGGAUGCCGAGCGCAUGGCCCACGUCCAGAAAAAUAGCACAAAAGCUGAGGUCUUCAAGUUGCGAGAUGAACUGGAUUCAAUUCAGAAUCUGCACUACUGGCGUCCAUCCAAGAUCCAGUCGGACAUGAUUGAACUCAUAUAUGACUCACGAUACCUGGUUUCCAUUCCCUGCACGAAAUUCAAGCCUGUUCGACACGAAUUCAGCGUCACGCGCCUCACCGACCCUUCUACCAGAAGACGGGAUGACUUCCCCAAGCUUACGGAGUAUUCCUUCAAAGCGGGUAUGCAUCAAGUAAUGACUGAUCAAACAAUAGUGAAUGUACGCCAGAUCGUGCACCGCAUGAGCGACAUUUGGGCUGCCUGUGCACAACUCCGGCAACAAUUCACCUUCUUGGGUGUAAAAUUCCCUACAUCUGUUCGUAUUGAUUUGAGCGGGGGUGACAAGCCUCCUGGCUUGAUUGCCGUUGCCGCAAUCCUCUAUGCCGGGAAAAGGGCCAAGGCUCUCGUCAAAUUUUCCUUCGAUGCGGACACCUUUUUCCGCUGGCCGAAAUCCAUUGACUCCCUCAAAUGCGACGUAGAAGUCGCAUACGGGCCUAUUGAGUCGACGCCGAUACAAAAUGCGGUUCGCGGCCGAUUGGCGAAGGCCACUCCAGCUGACAACCACGGCUGCCUGCUAGAUGCUUGUAUCGAGGGCUCCGAACAAUAUGAUUGAAAAUGAUUAUUUUCUUUGCCAUGUAUAUCUUUAUUGCAUCUUGUUGUAUGUUCAUGCAAUGCUUUCCCAUUAUGCGCACCAGUCAAGAUUCUCCUUUGUACACAUUGAAUACAUUAAUUACAUGCGGAUGCAGAUGUUUGUACAUAUGUGGACGUGAGACGGAGCAUCACAAAGAUCGAGAAUAUUCACAAAGCAUGUCCAUAAAUCACACAUAAAAUUUAACACAAGAAAUCAAAGAGAUCGAAGACGCCUCUGGCUCUCGUCCAGCCCGG